AUGCCCCAAAAGCUCCAGUUUGUCUGGCCGAAAGAUGGCCCUAAAGGUCGCAGUGGCCAUCGUGGUUUUUUUGGUCGCAUGAACAAUGUCCUGACGAACAGAGGGCCUGAUAUCUUCCUUCAACGAAAAGGCAGUUCAACUCCUAUCUCACCGGAUUGCUGGUCGAACUGGGACUCUUAUCACCAAAGGAACUACCAUUACUUGGAAGAAGCUGGCCCCUACGUCUCGCGAGGUGUCAAACGAUAUGACCCGCAUUCGAGAAGAUACAAGACAUGGACCAUUCCACAUGACUGGGAAGGCGACUAUUCUGCGCAGGGUAUAUAUCCCCAUUUCACGGCUUCAGAGUGGAGAAGAAUGGCUAGGAGACUGGGCAAAGGGCACCUUGUUGAUCCGUUGAAGAUGGGUGACGAUUGGCAUCAAGAUGGACCCAAGAGAUUUCGACAGGAGCUUGAUGAAUUCUGGCAAGAAGCUCAUCGCAUUGGUGAAAAUUAUCGGCAAGGGCUUCCUCUAACGAGUGUCCGAAACCCCAAUUUCAGGAUGCAUCAACAGUGGCCGAAUGACCUCCAGAAUUGGAUGAUCGACGAGGAGCUGAACCAAAUGUGGUUUCCAAGAAGAUAA